AUGCAGACUCAAGUACUCGACCUCACUGCUAAGGAAUGCAUUACGGACGAAGUGAUGAGAACGGUGAUGCUCAAGAAGUUCGGUCCUGAUCCCAACAUCGUCAUUUUCGACGCUUCGGCGCUGGGCGUUGUCGUGGACGGCAGUGUCGGUGCCGACACUGCGAGCAUUCUGCGGGCGAUGAGGGGGCUAUCAACGGAGAUUGUGCUCUUUCCGGUGAACUGCAACAACACCGACUGGCGCUCAAUCAUGAUAAACCUCGCCAAAGGCAAGGUUUCCAUCUACGAUUGUAGCUCUUCUUCGUACCUGCUUGGUGUUCGUGCUGUGGCGCAGACGCUAAUACCCCUUCUACCAAGUACCGUUGAAAUGAGUUUGCGCGUGCAAACAUACGAGUCGGGCCUCGGGGUGCACACAGAUAGCUACAACUGUGGUAUCUAUGUAUUGAUUGCUUUCAAGAUCUUUUGCGGAGCUGAACCGCUGGGCCACCUUGACAAGAAGACGCUGCAGUGCCUGCGAUACCGCUACCUACGUAUGUGCUUGCAAGAUUAA